GCUGUCUUGCAUACAUAUCCCAGCAGUACCCGCGGCUGAACAACUUCCGGUCUGCUUGCGCCGCUCCGUUUCACAUCCGGAUGAAAAGUCUUCAACGUGGUGCUCCAUGGCAGCAGGCGUGUGCGACAAAUUUGGAGCGUUAAAGUCGGAAUAAUAGAAGAAUAGACAGUCUGUUUUAAAGGCGGAAGUUGUUGAAGCCAGAUGGGGGAGUUCAAGGUGCACCGCGUCCGCUUCUUCGGCUACAUGCCCUCUGGGAUCCGAUGCAUGUCGUUCAAUGAGCGGGCAGAGAGACUGGCUCUAGGCAGGCUGGAUGGCACUCUGGAGAUAUUCAACUUCAAGGACAGCUUCUACCAGGAAAAGGUGAUUCCAGGCAAUGAUUCGCGGUCUGUUGAAGCAGUUUGCUGGGUUGCAGAGCGACUCUUUACUGCUGGCCUCAAUGGGGAAAUAACGGAGUACGAUCUGGAGAACCUCUGUCCAAAGUACUCUUUGGAUGCAUUUGGGGGACCCAUAUGGACAGUAGCUUGCAAUGCCCAGGGGACACAUUUAGCGGUUGGAUGUGAAGAUGGAUCCAUAAAAUUAUUUGAAAUCCUCCCAGAGAAGAUCCGAUUCGAGAGAAAUCUGGACAGACAGAAAGGGCGUGUUCUCUCUCUGUCAUGGCACGAGUCGGGCACGAGGAUUGCGGCAGGGAUGCUCGACAUGAUCCGAAUUUUUGACGUUCAGUCAGGGCAUGCGACGCACAGGAUGUUGGUUGACCGGGGUGUGUCGGGCAUGCGCAACCACGAGUGUGUGGUGUGGUGCGUGGCCUUCCUGUCAGAUCUCACUGUUAUCAGCACCGAUUCAUCUGGGAAAGUUCAGGUGUGGAAUGCAGCCAUGGGAAUCCUCAGCAGUACUCACCUGGUCUCCAAAUCGGACGUGCUCUCGCUGGCUGUCUCAAAGGAUGAGAGCAGCUUUGUGGUGGGCACGUCCGAAGGCACUGUGGUGCAGUUCCAGUUCCUGGCCAACAUUCUCGGUGGUGAUGAGAAAGCGUGGGUCAGAACCAAGACGUUUAAGCCUCACACCCACGACGUGCGUGCGCUGGCUGAGAUUGGCACGGCCGUAGUGUCAGGAGGUUUGGACACACAGUUAGUGGUGCGGCCCCUCUUGGACAAGGUGGACAUCAUGUCCUACGACAAUGUGCUUCACAAGAUCCACUUUCCCCAUCGGAGCUUGGUAUCAUGUGCCCAAAAGGCAGGAAUGCUGCUGUUCCAAUUCCCUGCCCAGCUGGAAGUGUGGAGGCUGGGAGAGAGCGAAGGCCGUGGAAAGCCUGGCGACACUUUGUUCGUGAAGAAAAAUCCAGAGAAACUUCUGCAGCUGAAGAGAAAGGGUGAAGACCACAUCAGCUGUAGCGCCAUUUCUCCCUGUGGGGGGUGGUUGGCCUACUCCACCGUUUCCAGCCUUCGAGUCUACCGGCUGCAGUGCGACGAACACGUUAGCAUCUCCAAGGUACCCAAGCUGCCAAAGGUUCUGCGCUCUGCCCACCAGCUCUCCUUCUCAGAUGAUUCGUCCAAGCUGUUCGCAGCCUCCACCCACUCCAUGGUUCACGUGAUUUCUCUCAGCCAGUCGGAGUGCAAGCAUCUGCACACGUUCAAGCCCAAGUCAGGGUCCACAGAGCCUGUUCACCUGCUGGCUGCCAGUAAAGAUGGGAAGUGGCUGGCUGCAGCUAAUAGGGGCUGUGAGAUCCACAUAUACAACUUGCACAAACUGAAGCCUCACUGCACGGUGCCAAUAUAUGGCUCCUGCCCCACUGCAAUGGGAAUCCAUCCCACCUCCAAUAACCUGCUGAUGGUUCAUGCAGACCGGCAGAUCUUUGAGUACAGCAUAGUGGAGAAGCAGUACACAGACUGGAGCCGCCGAGUACAGAGGGAGGGUCUCCACAAGUUGUGGUUGGAGAGGGACACGCCUGUCACCCAUGUGACCUUCAACCCUCGUAAUGCAGCCCAGUUCAUGCUGCAUGACACCUACAUGUUCUGCAUCAUUGACCAAAGCUUGCCACUCCCUGACAACAAGUGUCAGUUCUACAAUCAGAUAACCCUGAAAAGCCUGUCAGAACAAGAAAGACUCAGCCAUGCUCAUGCCUUCAAGAUGUGCACAAAGUACCAACAUCUCCUUUUUUUGGGCCUGCUGGACGACGAAUCUCUGGUUGUGGUACAGCGCCCCCUCACGGACAUUGCCUCCCAGUUGCCGGCACCAGUAAGGCUGAAGAAGUUCGCCACAUAAGGAGCGUGCCCCUCCACGCCUGUGUGUGUCUGGACCCCCUUUCUCCCCUUUUCUUUAUAAAGAUCAGUAUGUUUGAACAUGAAAUAAAGACAGUAUUUACUAUGAAAAUUAACACUCUUUGUUUUUGUAGAGAUGGUUUUAAAAU